AUGUCCAACCUACUCUCACUCCUGGGGUGGACAUUUCUCCCCAACGUGGUAACAGGCUGGGUCCAAUCCCUCUACUACUCCCUGACCAUCCGCGCCGGCGACCCCCGCCCAGUCCCGGGCACCCCACGCUGGGCGGAGCACCGCCGAUGCAUUCAAAUCGUCGUCGUCGCCCUCUACCUCCUCUACACGAUCUACGAAGCCGACUACGAUCUCCAACAGGCCGGUACCUUCUACACGGACCUUGGUAUUCCGAACAACGCGACUGAGCGCGAGAUCAAGAUCCGGUUCCGGCGCCUAGCCGCGCUCUACCACCCCGACAAAGUCGCCCACAAAACGCCUGACGCCAAUGCUUACUUCGUCCACUUAAAGACCGCGGCCGACACGCUGACCGACCCCGCCAAGCGCUUCGCGUACGACCGGUUCGGCCCAGACAUCGUCAACUGGCAGCGGUGCGUGACGAUCCGGGACUUUAUGGCGCGCGGCGCGCAGGCGCUAAUCCCGUACUACGGCAUGACGGCGAUCUGCAUGUACGGGCUGUCACUUUUCGGGUUUCUGGAAUGGGGCCGGUACGAGCGCUGGCUGGUUCUGGCGUCGGUUUUGACGUUCGAGGCGUACUGCAUCACACGGCCCAAUAUGCCCUUCGUCUUGGAGAAGAUUAUCAACCCCCUGGUGACGGCACUCUCCCGACUCGUGGGUGACGCUACCUCCUCGCCUGCUGCCUUCAUUCGCGCACCGUACCUGCCAUUCCAGGCGAUUGCGCUGGCACGUAAGGUGAGCGUGACUAUGUUCAUCGCUUUCUCGCAGAUCGGCCCGCUGUUGACGGCAGAUACAUCGUCGGGUCGGGUUGUAGUGCGGCAGAACGCGGCUGAUGAGGAAGUUCUGCUGCGACAGGCACUGGACAGGCUGGAUGCUGCGGUAAGGAAGGUAGAUUCGGACGCUUCGAGGUUGUUGGAAACGGAGAUGUCGCCAUUUAAUGGGGACGAGGAGGUCAAGAAAUACAUGGGCGCUAAGAUUAAGGAAUGGUUGGUACAGAAUACUAUUCGUUCCGACCCCAUGGUCCGAGACGCUCUAGGAAGGUCGUUCAUGAAGAGGAGGGCCAAUGUCCCUGCUGGGGCAAGAGGAACAAAAUAA